AUGUUCAUGCUGAAGCUCCAGCACAUAGUGGAUAGUUUCGAUGACGAGUACUGGGAGAGGAAGCGGGUCGCGGAGGAGCACCGGGAACGCGAGACCGCGGCGGCGGUGCGGAUCCAGGCGCACGCUCGCGGGUGGCUGCAGCGGCGCUACUUGGGCGAGCUGUCCGCGCGCGUCGAGCUGAUCCAGCGAUGGUACCGCGGCCACAUGGGGCGCAAGCGCGCCAGGGCCCUGCUGCGCGAGCGCCAGCAGCGCGAGCGCCGGGAGUACUUCGCGUUGUGCGCGUCAACCAUCCAGAGGUGGUGGCGCGGGUACUGGUCGCGCAAGAAGGUCGUCGACUUCUACAAACGCAAGGAGUACCUCACGGAGGUGAAGAUCAAGGGCCGCAAGAUCCUCGCGGAGGGCUCCAAGAUCGCCGAGGAAGCGGCGCGCAUCGCCGAGGAGGAGCACGAGCGGCGCGUCGACGCGGACAUGGCCAAGCUGUUGCGACGUAUCAACCACCUGCGCUCCACCGCGUGCCAGGAGGGCGCGCUGAUGCUCCCCGUCGUCGGCCUCGAGGGCCUCGAGGCCCCCGGCGGGCACUACCUCGAGGCGACGAUCCUCCAAGAGACGCGGUCGUCGCUCAAGUUGCCGCCGCUGACCGGGCGGCGGCCGCUGGCGCCGCAGCCGCCGCCGGAGCUGGACUACACGCGGUCGUCGAUCUCGCACUUGUCGCAGGCGCCGCCGCCCGGGUCGCUCCCGUCUGACAUGCGGGCGUUCGCGAAACACCCCCCCAUGGGCCGCACGGUGCGGACGUCCGAGGUGUACGACCGCGCGCACGAAGUCAAGUACCUCGAGGACCGCGUGACCGUCGGCGGGAUGAUGUUCGAGCACGCACGCGCCUUCAGGAGCGCCGUAGCCAAACCGAGGCUGGGGCCGCUCACGAGCCUCAAGAUCGCAGAGCAGUACCGACAGGAGCCGCUCCCGAACGCGCCGCCGGGCCUGCGGAGCGACAAGCCGACGGACCUCGCCGCGAAGAUCUCGCACCGGCCCUUCAUGCGCGCCGUGCACAACAAGGGGGUGUUCGACCCGUAUCUGAUCUGA